UGCAUUUACGCUUCCUUUUCUCAUCCACCUGUUUCUCUCAAAUCCCACUCUCUCUCUCUCCAAUUUCAGUCCCAUUUCGCGAAAUUUUCCCUUUUCUUGAUCCGCCACAAUUUCAGUCAUCUGAUCACGUGUCUUUUGAUCCUGUGAGAAUGUGAUUGACUGCAAUUUCUCAGGUGAUUGAUUUUGGGAAGUUUUCGCCGUUUUGAUUUUUGACCUAGCCAUCGACAAUGGAUAUCCUUGGUGAUUCGGAUAAAAAUUCUUACCGGAGUCUUUCAGCGGCCGUAUCUUAUGGAAUUGCUUCGAUGGCUAUGGUUUUUCUGAACAAGGCCGUACUUAUGCAAUACUCGCAUUCAAUGACCCUUCUCACUCUGCAGCAAUUGGCAACCACAUUACUUAUUCACUUUGGUAGAAGCAUGGGAUACACGAAAUCCAAGGGGCUUGAUAUGCAAACAGCUAAGAGAAUUCUUCCUGUCUCGUUGUUCUACAAUGCAAAUGUGGCGUUUGCUCUUGCUAGCUUGAAAGGGGUUAAUAUCCCAAUGUAUAUCGCCAUUAAAAGACUCACUCCUCUUGCUGUUCUGAUUGCGGGAUUCUUUUCAGGCAAAGCAAGGCCCACCACACAGGUUAUUCUUUCAGUACUCUUGACUGCUGCCGGGGUCCUUGUUGCUGCAUUGGGAGAUUUUUCAUUUGACCUCAUUGGCUAUAGCAUGGCCUUCACUUCUGUUUUCUUCCAGACUAUGUACCUUGUAUUGGUAGAGAAAUCGGGUGCGGAGGAUGGGCUUACUUCUAUUGAGAUCAUGUUUUACAACAGCUUUUUGUCGCUUCCAUUUUUGUUAUUUCUCAUUAUAGCUACAGGCGAAUUCCCAGAUUCUUUAUCACUUCUAUUUGCAAAGAGUAAUUCAUUCUCCUUUUUGGUUAUCUUCCUUCUAUCAUUGGUGAUGGGGAUUGUUCUCAACUUCACAAUGUUCUUAUGUACCAUAGUAAACUCCGCUCUAACAACAACGAUUGUCGGAGUCCUCAAAGGGGUUGGAUCGACAACACUUGGAUUUGUUAUAUUGGGUGGCGUGGAAGUGCACGCUUUGAACGUGACAGGAUUGGUUAUCAACACGGCUGGAGGUGUUUGGUAUUCGUAUGCCAAGUAUCAGCAGAAGAAGAGCAAGCCACCGAAGUUGACAUCGACGUAGAGACUCAUCAUCGCAAGUAAGGUAGUAUGGUAAAGAUUAAAGUUGGUGACAAAAAAGAUAUCUAGGUUGCAUUUUACUUCAUAUUAUAGCAUUUGUGAUUCGCUUGUCAAAUAAGAAUGUAGAUGAUACAAGCAAUUUGUUUUCAAUUGAUACGUUUUUAGCUGAAAAUUGUUGUGCUUGAGCUUGAACCUUACUUGUUAUUGUUGCUCGUGGAAACCUAAUUUAAAUGAAAAUGUGUAACUUGGAUCUUAAUUCAA